AGACGGGGAGAAUUGAGAAACAGAGUCAAAAAAGCAAGAGAGGUUGCGGCGACGAAGACAGUGAGAAGUGAUAGUGAGUCGACGAUUGUGAUGUCGGCAAGGAAGACGGCGAUGACGACUGGAGGCGCUAUUGACGACAACGACGAGAUUGUUGGCGAAGAGGGCAGUGAAAUUACUGUGAAAUGCGUUUCUGGGAAGGAAUACCGAAGGUUGUGCAGAGAAGACAUCUUGGCUUCCAAGACAAAUGUCAAAGCUAAUUGUUAUUGUAAUGUGUUGAGUGGGGUCGAGAAGCUACGGCGAACAUUGUCAGAAUCCGAGUUCGAGGAUUUGGUCAAGACGCCCUUCGGUCAUUUGGUUGAUGUUGGCAAUCUUAAAUGGGUUAAUGGACAGCUCCUAAUACUUUUAGCGUUGAACUACGUUGAACCUAUGGAGCCAGAUAGCGAUGCAAUAUCUUUCCACAUCCGUGAUAGGGUGGUUAGUUUUAAGAAGACUGAUUUUGCUCUAAUUACGGGUUUCAAAUUUGGAUGUCCAACUGAACAAGAAAAGGAAUACACUGGCACUUCAGACAUCAAUGACUUGUCCCGUUUGAACGCGUAUCCCUGGGGUGAUGAGAUCUGGGACCUUUUGGUUGAGGACAUGGCAAAAUGUUCUUUGAGUUUGAGAACUAGUAAAAAGGACCGAUUCACAUUCCCGAGAUUUUUAAUGGCCUUGCAGAUUUGGGCAUUUGAGACAUUCCCAGGGCUGGUGAAAAGGGAAGUGUGUGAGAUGAUAGAGAGUCGGAGACACCAAUGGCCGCGUGCUUUACUAUGGGCAGCACCAACACUGACAAAUCACAUAGUGUUGGAGGAAGUGAUCUUCAGUCAUGAUAAUUUUGAAUGGAUUGGCAUGAAGGCAACUGCCUUGGAGAUUGGGAAAGAGAAUGUUAAGUGUCUCUUUUUAAAUACCCCAACGAUUGAAGGAGAUGAAAGCCUUAAGUUGUUGGAAAAGGUCACAAAAUUGGAGGAGAUGGUUGCGGGUCUGGUGGCAGCAAAUGUGUUGGACCGCAAAUUGCUUGUGAGCUUGCGCGGGAAAGUGAAGGGAAUGCAAAGAGCACAUGGGAGACAUGCAGUUCUGGUGGCGAAAUGCCUGAAGAAGUUUGGUUUAUUACGUAGGAGGAAUAAAGGAAGUAAAAAGAGCAGACAACAUGCUGAAGAUGGUCCUAGCUUUGACCUAGGCAUUGAUCAUGGGGGUAAUGAGGAUUCAAUGGCAGAUCAAGAAGAAGGUAGUGAGGACAAUGUAAAUUUAGGUGGAUCUGAUUGUGAGAUAGAAAACCCUACCCAACUUAAUGACUUGGACGACACGAUUAAUUCUGUUGAUACACAAAUUCUUUUGGAACGUCGUGCUGUCAUGGUGGAGAAUGAUGUGGAGAAGCACAGUAGUGAAGACAUGGGGCCUGGGGGAUCCGAUAUGCCUAUCGCUGACCUUGGUGAAGAGAAGGGGGUUAGUAUAUGCUCAACUACCAUGUACCUUUGAGUAUUGUAUGAGUGAGAAUAUGUUCCUAUAAUCUGUUCUAAAACAUAGCAAACAUGUGGUCAGUGUGUAAACAUGUGGAAAGUGUGAGGGUGUGCCCAUGAAUCAUGUGGACAGUGCGUCUGCUAACAUCCUCCAUUGUAAGUAAUUACCAGGCCCAUGUGACUGGUGGACAGUGUGUGUGUGUUAAUUGACAUGGGACAGUGGGUAUGUAAUAGCAGAUGAAGGGCAGUGUUUGUGUUACUAUAAAUUUGGAGAGUAUUA